GCGCCCGCGGGAGGCAUGGCGGCGGAGACGUCCACUUCGGCGGCCGCCGGCUCGGGGGGCGGGAGCUGGGUGGAGUCGUACACGGGGAUGUCCACGGACAACAUCAAGGGGCUGGUGCUCGCGCUCUCCUCCAGCGUCUUCAUCGGCACCAGCUUCAUCGUCAAGAAGAAGGGGCUCAGGAAGGCCGGCGCAUCCGGCGUCCGCGCAGGGGUUGGCGGGUACUCUUAUUUGUAUGAACCAUUAUGGUGGGCAGGAAUGAUUACAAUGAUUGUUGGAGAAGUUGCUAAUUUUGCAGCAUAUGCGUUUGCUCCUGCUAUACUCGUCACUCCACUUGGUGCACUUAGCAUCAUCAUUAGCGCCGUUCUUGCAGACAUUAUGUUAAAGGAGAAGCUACACAUCUUUGGUAUACUUGGAUGUGUUCUUUGUGUCGUGGGUUCAACAACUAUUGUGCUUCAUGCCCCUCAGGAGCGCGAAAUUGAGUCUGUUGCAGAAGUGUGGGAUCUUGCUACAGAACCAGCAUUUCUACUUUAUGCAACGAUCGUGCUUGUUGGAACUUUUGUGCUCAUAUUCCGUUAUAUCCCACAGUAUGGUCAGACACAUAUCAUGGUUUAUAUUGGUGUUUGUUCACUUGUAGGAUCUCUAUCGGUCAUGAGCGUGAAAGCUCUUGGUAUAGCCUUGAAGCUGACCUUUUCUGGGAUAAACCAGCUAAUCUACCCGCAGACAUGGUUGUUCGCAGUUAUUGUUGUUGCAUGUAUUUUAACACAGAUGAACUAUCUGAACAAGGCUCUUGACACAUUCAAUACGGCAGUUGUUUCACCAAUAUACUAUACUAUGUUUACAUCACUAACAAUAUUGGCUAGCAUCAUAAUGUUCAAGGACUGGGAUCGUCAAAACCCGACACAAAUUGUGACAGAGAUGUGUGGUUUUGUCACCAUCCUUUCCGGGACAUUUCUUCUUCACAAGACUAAAGAUAUGGUUGAUGGCCUCCCACCGACUCUGCCUAUCAGGAUUCCGAAACAUGGUGAUGAAAACGGCUACGCGUCUGAAGGAAUUCCUCUUAGAUCCGCUGCUGAAGGCCUCCCUCUGAGGUCACCAAGGGCAGCAGAAUAAUUUUGACCAACUUGAAAUGCUCAGUUAUCCUUGUGGCCAUGGUUGGCAUUCUUUCAUUCUAUCCAGCCUGUAGAUUGUACUUUAGGGCUCUAAACAGGAAAAGGCUCGUUCCCCCUUGUAGUUUUGGAGGAACCGGUAGAGUAUUGGGGAUAUAUAUGUCUUAUACAUCAAGAGUUUUUCAUGUUUCUUUUGAGGAACCGGUAUGGUAUAGUAUUGGUGAUACAUCUUAUACCGGCUAUCAUCUGUAACUGUUGUAUUAUUUGAAAAUAGAGAAAGAAUCUGAAGAACUCAAGUACCAUUGCUUCUUUCA